UAGUGUUGCGUAUCUGUAGUAUUACGAAAUCGUGUAUCACCAUGAAAAGCUUUUUUCUUUGAGCUACAAGAAUAAGAUGGCUUCUUUCUAUUUAUCUGUCAACUUUCUUGCUCUGGUUGUAUCGGCGAGUUCUGUGAAGACUUCAAAAGGACAAAUGCCAAACGUUGGGUUUGUCUUCACCAAUUUCCUUGCUCACAAAGGCUACUAUUUGAACGUUACAACUGUUGGUACAGAACUGGUCCAAGACUCCUUUGAGUGCGUGUUCAAGUGUCUGGAGAAGGAUUCAUGUUUGUCCUUCAACCUGGCAGAUUUGGAUGAUAACAUUGACAAUCUGCUAUGUGAACUGCUUCCAUCUGACCAUUACACCCAUUCAGACAAGUUCAUCACCAACCAUCUUUGGUAUCAUCACAGUAUUGCGUCUCCUUGCUCGAAGUUGCCCUGUCAAAACAAUGGAACUUGUGUACCCCUGUACCGGACAAACAGUUACAAGUGUCGCUGUACGAAAGCAUACACAGGAAGCCACUGCGAAAAAGUUGAUAAUGACUGCAGCUGUUCAUCAGGACCAGAAGGAAAACAGAGAUGCAAAAUAGAGUACCUCAUGGUUUUUCCGGAGCUGCGUUCUACUGAAAAUUACGCCAUGAAAAAUCCAGCCAUAGCUUCAGAUCUCAGCCAGUUGUCGCUGUGUUUUUUCAUCAAACUUGUUCAAGACCAAGGGGAUCAGAAUGUCGUCACCUAUGCUACUCAAGAAGAGGACAAUGAAAUGGUUUUCCAAAUUUAUCCAACACGAACAGAUUUUUUUGUUAACAACGAGUUGUUUCGGUUUACUUCGACAAAUCUCUACGAUGAUACCUGGCAACACCUGUGUCUCACCUGGGAAAACACUCAAGGAGUAACAAAACUCUACAAAGAUGGCCAAUUUACCGGACAGGUAACGAAUAAUGCCACUAAGAAUUAUGCACUCAAGGCUGGCGGCGCUCUGGUGCUUGGACAAGAGCAAGACUCUGUCGGCGGACGCUUCAAUCCUAGACAAACUCUUCAUGGCCGAUUGGCAAGUGUCAACAUGUGGGAUAAAGUUCUGCCCGAAAGCGACAUUGCCGCUCAGUACACAAAUUGCAGCGUACCUCAUGGUUCUGUUGUUAACUGGUCUGUAUUCAAAAAUCUUAAUCAUGGCAAUGUCACACUUGAAGAGCCAUGAACUACAUUGGUCAUUGAUCGAAACUCUUGCGGAGCCUAAAAUCAUAACUCGCGUGAUGUAAAUUCCUAAUAUUAGUGAAUGUACCAUAUGCAUGGCUUAAAUAUACCAAAAUAUGAAACAAUAUUUUGUUGAAACGCUGCUUUUGGCCAGUCAUCUGGAAAACAUUUUAUCUAUUUAUUUAUUCACCCAUUUUACUCAUUUGUUGGAAAAAUAUAUUAAAAUAGGAGGUAAUUUUUCAGCUGACUGGUGUUUGCCAUAAAGUUAAGACAGUUACUUGUUUUAUUGUGAGCAGCCUUAACAACAUAAGACUUUUCUUCUCUGUUCUAAUUCAUUCAUGACACUUGAGAAUAAAUUUAGAGAGCUUUUCAAGAUAUUUCAAGAUCCCACAGAAACUUCAAACAUUGAGAGGCUAACAGGACGAGCGCUAAUACUUUGAAUGUGCGCCUAUGAAAGUCUUCUAGAAUAAUAAUCGCAUAUGCCCUGUCGCAUAUGAUAUGUUGCGAUUAUGAGAAAAGCCUGCAUGUCCUUAAUAAGCCACCGUGUUCUACCGCUUUUUGCAACCUCUUUAAAUACUUAGCGUGUUUCUGUACAGUUUUCUUGGAGUCCAUAUUACUUACCAUCGAAAAACAUCGCAUGCCCCAUAAGGGCCACAGUAGUAGUCUAGAAAAUUCUGUAUAUUCUGCUGUUGACAUCGUAAUUUUAGAACUAGGGUAUGUGCUAU